CCUUAUCUUAGCACAUAGCGAUCUUCGCUCGCUCCCGACACAUGACAUCACCUUCAACGCCACGGGAAAAAGCAACGGCAAAAUCAAAUCGAGUUUUCGUGCAAAGCUGCAGCAUAUGUUGCAUGCCCUUGGCCUCCAUUGUAGAUUUGCAGUUGCUUUGACAGCCGAUUUGUUCGUUCGUUGCCUUGCUACUAUCUAGCUAGUAUUCAGGUUGUGGAAGCGUACUUCCAGCCAGCUUCAGUUGUCUGCCCCUCUGCGGUACGGUCUCUACCAGAGAUACCGUUGCCAGUUCCACGCCGCUGUAUAUAGUACCCAACGGUAGCCUACCACGGUACAGCACAUCAGAUUAGUUUGCAGUGAGUAUUGAAGGCUCCUUCUUGCAUUGGGAAGGUAGUACUGAAUUUCUGUACAGCUCUACGGGAGACCAGAGCUUUGAAGUUGCUGGAUACCUCUCCGCAAGACUGCCGCUGCACUGACUGCAGUACCGGUAGGUACCAGUUUGCACCGGUGCUACUGGUAGCUAUCUUUAGCUAGUAAGUAGACCAGAAGACACUUGCAAGUUGGAUAUUUACUUAUGCAGGUGCUGAUCAAGUCAAGUUAAAACCAUUGAUUCAGGUCCAGUGAAACCAACCAAGUCAAGCCAUUGGAGCAACCAAGGCCCACCAUUGCAACCAGCUUUUAAAAUUGUCCUUACAUACAUGUACAAAUGCAGGCACACAGUUGCAAUGACGCAGAAGAAGAAGUGACACUUCCUCUUCGUUUAGCAGCAGAACCAUAUGCCAAAAAGAGUCUCUCUCCUUCCUGUGUGGCUCUCUCUGUGCACAAAGAACUCGCUAUCCUGGUGGAUGACUCUGGGAUCCUGGGCUUGGCCUGUGAAUCAUUCCUCAGCAGAACUGAAAUCAUUCACAGAAUACCCAUACACGUCAAACCAUACUUUCAAUCCAACUGCAAAAGCAUCCUCAUCUUGGUAAGAGAUUCUCCCUCCAAAAACACUCUACAAUGGCAUGUCUUGACUGUUACACAAGAGAUACCAGUAGUACAAUCUUCAUCACCAUGUACACUUGAUAUCAACUCCAUCACACCAAUACACAACCCUGACUGUGCAAGGUGGGUGACAACAUCCAUUCGAAACUACUACGCACAACAGAUUCUAGAACCAAGCGUCAGGGGAUUCCUCAGUGUCCUCGAAAAACAAUUCUCUCAAUCAAACCUGUACAUAUUUGAACUACUACAAAACGCCGUCGACGAUGGAGCCACUUCGGUACAGUUCCACGCCAAUCAGUCCAACCAAAGUCUCACCAUGACACACAAUGGAAGAUCCUUUACGCCACUUGAUGUCCUAGGAUUAUCGUCGGUGGGGCUGUCAACGAAAUCACGCCAAGGCAAACGAACAGUCGGCUUUAUGGGAGUUGGCUUUAAAGCUUGCUAUCGGAGAUAUGCACACGUCUCUAUUGACGAUGGGACAUACGCCUUUUCGUAUCAAGAACCGAAGCAAAAGAACAACCAGCAUGGAGGAGGAGGAGGAUACGGAUGGGUCAUGUUGCCAAUCUGGCAAACACCAAUCUACAACAUCACAACCAAAGAUGGACAAGAAAACGAACCAACUCGUGGAUGCCAGUUUGUGCUACAAAAACCACGAGAAGGAUUUCAGGCAAUACUCAAAGACUUGGCCGUAUUGCCCAAGACAGCACCGCCAUUGCUGGGAAGAGCAGCUCUCCUAAAACAGCAGCAGCAGCAACCGCAGAAAGGGGCUACGGACAAUCAUGACAACGACACAUGGAACCUGGACUGGAAUGGUACUGUACAUCAAGUCAGACGCACCCAACUACAUCGCUACAAUGAAAACGACAUGUCCGAAGUCGUCACAGUAGAAAUCAACAGGAGAAAUGGCAACGCAGAUCCACCCAAAAGAAUACAGCAGUGGCUGUUCGUCAGCCAUGAGUAUACGCCCAGUCGAGAGGCACAGGAGUCUUAUCAUCGAACAACCAAGCGAAAACACACCGGGAGAGAGCAAGUUGUUGGCUUCGUUCCUCUCCUCAAACACAUGACAAUAGAAGGAGAGAAUUGCUGGCUGCCCGCGACCGACUUUUCUGGGGUGGUUCAUUCGGUCUUGCCAACAAAAAUCAAGUUACCACUACCCAUUCAUCUACAAGGUUCCUUCUUAUUAAGCAUUGACCGUCAGCAAGUUCAAACUUUCAGUGAAAAUGCGUGGAAUUUGGAUUUAAUUAUCAAAUUGCCAGCUGUUCUGGGCAUUGUCAUGCAUUGGGCUGCUUACACCGGGAUUUCCGAUUACACCGGGAUUACCAAGUUGUGGCCCAUGCCUACUUCGCUUUCAAACAGCCAGAACAACCGCCAGAACAAUACAGUUUUGACGACGCAACUAUUGAAUCAGACGAUCUCGCUGGAGCCGCUGCAGCAAGUUUUGUACAACGAUCCUACGAUACCGGUUGCCAUGGUAGGGACCGCUGGCACUCGUGCUUCUAUGGGUGACGCGGCAAGCCAAGAGGAUGCGUCAAGCCAACAACGAUCUGCAAACGUUGCUGCAAUUGCUGCUACUGAGUACUACGAGGGUUCCAAAAGCGUUUGGCUGCCUCCAGCGUUUCUCAAGUUGCUGAGACCUGAUUUCCUCCGAGGUUGGUUAGGCAAGCGACCGGUUCGUACCGAUGCCUUUGGAAAAGAGAGUGCUUACCAUCCGAUUUUGCGACAUAUCGUGGACCAACCAGAUACCACAUUGAUUACGAAAAGAAGAAGGCAUCUCGGCGAUGAGUUGCAACUCUCCAAAUCUGGCGUGACCACGGCAGCAAUUGCAACGCUGCUACGAAUCAUGGCCGCCAUUGGAAUAGAGUCAAUCGACGAAAAAAGUCCUGACGUGGGUGCUCCUGCUGCCAAUAGGGCCACAACUGCCAACCCAAAAGAAACUGCCGUUGACAAGAUCACAGACAUUCCUGGGCCCAGCCUCCCAACAAACUCUAAGGCUUGGCCAAUCUUCCUGAAUGCCCAUGGAACACUCGCGACAAUUGAUCAAAUUGUCAUACCUGCAGAAGACGUUGCAUCAGCCCCUCCUGACUUAGUGCAACUGCUGAGACCUCAUUUCAUCGAGAACGAGCCAAAGGAGAAGCUGUCAAAUACCAGCAGAGGAGCCCGGUUCCAAAAGAAGCGACGACUAAACCAGUCAAAAAGGCUCGUGCAACCGUUGCAUCCUCAGUUGGAACGGGCCAUCUGUACCAUUGAAUCCGGUGGACAGCCGGACGAGGUCGCAUUGUUGGGGUUGCUUGUAGACGAAGUGUCAGUGGGGAUUGCUGCCUUCUUGAAACGAGUGAGGUCGGAGAAUCCCAAUCAAGUUAUCAGCAUGGCCACUGCCGUGGGGCGCCUGCUUCGAACAUACUCGACGCUGCGUGCGUUGUCGGCGGAACAAAUUGCUUCUGUCUUGGAGAUUGCCAAAUUUGCGCUUGAGAGUAACAAUCACCUUCUCCUUCCUUUCGUCCUCGUUGACAUGACUGGUCGGUCGAAACUUGUUCCCUCAUCGAGUGCCUACAUUGGGAAGCUAUUCGAUGAGUCCGGACCAGGGGCUUCUCUCGAGCAAUUCGCUGGAACAAGACUUGACUUCAUCUCGGCGAAAUACGAAAGCAUUUGUGCCUCGAAUAUGCAACGAAAGUGUCUUACGAAUCUCCUGAUCUCGGCUGGGGUUCAGAAGGGGCUUGCGGUGACAAUCUCAGCCAUAAUUGAUAUCGAGAAGGAAAGCAAGAUACUGAACGAUGAAAUCCUACCCAAGCUGCUAAAGCUGCCGCAGCUUCGGAACAAGGCAACCAAAUGCGACAUUUUCCUGCCCUACGGGCUUGGCGUUUUGAUGAAUCGAAGGAAGUGCAGCCUUGUAGACUCUGAACUGGCGCCCGAAUGGGAAAGAAUUGCGGAGACGAUGACUCCGGAUUGUGCCACUGGGUUCAUUUCAUUGUUGCUGGCGAUACCUGUUGAGAAUGCUUUGAGCGUCACAGGGAAGACGGUUCCAGCUGCAUCUAUGUGUUUGGCCGGGCAAGCAGCAACAACAACAACUGCGAACAGUGGCGACGCCCCCCCCUCGAAGGGAACACAAGGGAACAAUAGCUCUGCCCGAAUCCCUCGUGAUACAGCUGUUCCAAUACGUCGAAGAUUGUUCUUCUUGCCUCCUGGGCAACCCGGUGCCAAGGCCGUGGACAUAUCAGAAUCUCGGCUAGUUACGCAACUGAAGACUUUGAAAUGGCUACCAUGCUCUUUGCCAUCGGACCCUGAAGGGGGCCUUGUAUUGCUGCGGCCGGAGGAAGCAUUGCUAGAAGCUGACAGUUCUAAGCCGGACAUGCCAGUUGUGCAGCUCGAACCGUCCCUCAAGAACAAACUCCAUACAAGUACUCUGGUGCAGGCCUUGACGUUCGGAAAGAUUGCACCUCCACCUCCAGUUUCGGAACUGCGCACAUCUGCAUUAGAAGCGGGGGUUUUGUUGUCUUCAUCCAGUAUCGACAGAGAACGGGUUAUGUCUCUCGCAACGAAGAUGAUAUCUCUUUGGUCAUCAAUCGCGCGUGCACACCUACGGGAUGGUUUAAGCUCUUCUGACCUGAGUACGCUGCGUUCACUGUGCCAAACUUUGUAUUGCAUUCCUGUACGUCGAGUCAUUGACGGCUCACAUGAAGGCAACUGGAUUGUCCAAUGGAACCGUUGUGUUCGAGUGCCGGACUCACCAAAGGCUCACGCCAGUCGAAACGACGAAGUCAAGUACUUGACUCUCACCUCUCUGGUUGACUCUGACUUCAUGUGCGACUUUAAUCAUUCCCGCCACAACCCUUUUUUCUCGCUACCCGACGUAUCACUCACACUCCAGAAGAUUGCGAGAGUUCCCGAAGCGCAAGAUGUUCAGACGCAGCAUCUAGUACAGGCCUGCGGGGCAUUCAUACGUUAUUGUUUUGCUGCAGAGCCGGUGAUUCCAAAUCGAUAUUCUUUGUUGAGAGCUUCAUUCUCGUUUGCUAUGAAGUGGUGCGUUGGAUCGCCGAGAGAGCUGCCAAAAGAUAAGAACGGCGGGAUCAAAGUUUGGGUUCGUAGCGGACCAGGUACAGGAUCUAAAGCACUUCCCAGGCGUUGGGUAUUACUGUCGGGAGGACCUGUUCAGCCGGUUAUCGAUGACAACAGAAUAAAGAGUGCUCUACUUGCGCCGGAGAUGAAAGUCCAGCUAUUAGGAGUCCUCGAUCAUGUCGAAAACGAAAGGGAUUGCCCCAAUGCGAGUUUGCUCGCAGAAAUUGACAAACAGAUCAUCGAACACUUUGGUAUCUGGAGAUUGUCUGACAAGAGAUUCACAGCGAAGACUCGAGCCAAAGGACCCGGUCGAGUUGUCGCAAAUGCUUCAUCUCGGCUCCAACUCGUGUGCGCGCUGCUCAAGUCGCUAGUGAUGGAGCACAGCUCCGGCGGAGCCGCAUCCCAGGAAGACAGAAUGAACGAUGGCAACAGCUUCUUGAGUUCAACGUAUGAGCCACCCUUGAUGAUAAGGCACGAGUCACUGUCGCGAGAAUUUCAAGGGCCAGGAAUGCAGUCGCCGUCCUCGACUCCACUGUACGCUGUCUUUGGCCGAGCACCAAAGAUCACUAAAUCGAGGUGUAUUCUUGUUUGUGGAGAUGCAGAUGAUUACCUGUUAGAACUGGAGGAUUUGAUAGCACAGCAUGUAGGGGCUCGCGCAGGAAGCGCUUUCGUCCAAUCAAAGCCAUGGAGGGCAGCUGCGCGCCUUCUUUCACACCUGGAAAACGACAAAACGUUCACGAAAUUUGUCAAGCGAUACUUUGAAGAUUUUGAGGUUACGCAGGCCUGGAGAAGGCUUACAAAGAGAAGAACCGCCCUUGAGAAACUCCACCUGGUUGAGACAACGAAUGAUUUAAAGGUUCUUCGAGAUGCUCUUAUUCUUGCUGAAGAGGUAUGCGACAACGAUCCUGACGGGGGAGACUUAAUACUAGGUAGUGCGAGGGACAAGUUGCAACGGCUUGAAGAGGAACACGAAUCAAAGCAACUGAAGGAGCAGGAGAGGGCUCUUAAAGAGCUGAAGGAAGCUGAAUCACGAGGGGACACCAACAAGUUGCGGAUAUCACUCUUGUUGGCAGAGAAGAUCUUUCAAGCUGAUCCUGAGCAAGGCGAUUGUGUUCUUGGGAGCGCAAGGGAACGUCUUCGUUGUAUGGAAAAAGAGGCGAACACAGAUGCGAGAGAAUCCAGUGCUACCGUUCCUUUCGUUGGAGCUGCAGUUGGCUCGGUAGAAGCCGAAAAGGGACCGGACUCGGGGCGAGGCCGAGGUCGAGGCAGAACGCUGCCUGCAUGGAUGACUGCGGGCAACGGACCGCUUCCUGCUGCUGAAAUGACAGCGAACGUUGCUGUUGGCACAGGUCAUGGUGACAAAGAAAAGCAGCCUUUGGCAUCCUCCGACGUGCCAGGAGCCGUUUCUGACGAGGGUCCAGCAGUUGACAAUCGGCAACCGUCUCAGACGAAGCGAGUCCCAUCGAAUACAUGCGAUGAUCCGUUUGUUGGUUCAGCGAUGGUGAACGCUGGCAAUGAGAUGGGCCGAGGAAGAGGCAGAAGCAGAACCAUGCCGGCGUGGAUGACUUCUUCAGGAGGUCCACAGGCAGCCAUUGUGGAAUCGAAGGACAGCGAAGAGGCAACAGCGCAAGCACAAGAAUGCUUGCUGGAAAGCGCACCCAACCAUCCUGCACAAGCCGAAGCAAAGAGCAUUCUGUCUACGAUUCUGGAGCAGAAUUCAGGCGGAGCGUUCAAUACAGGUAGCGACCGGACACAAAAAUGCGAUAUUUCAUUCAACAAUGCAGCAGCUGCUCACCCCCCUUCGGAGACAAUGGCAGCAUCGGGCAGGGGGCGUGGAGUUUCAAGGACUCUACCAGCCUGGAUGACCUCCCAGGACGUAGGCCAGAAACGGAGCAGGUCACCGAAUAACGAGGCGAAUGACGAUAUUCCUUGCAAGAGAUACCGCGAAAUUGAAACGCCGCAGCAAAGUUUUGAGUACACCAUCAAGCUCGUAAUCGACCCAAAACAGGAGCAAGAUUUCGUAAAGUGGCUCGAGCCAACGCUUGAUACCGAGGCACAGGCUCGAGGCGGGUCAGCCACUGUGAAUAGAUCCCAGUUUGAGGAUUGACGAGGUACUUGAGGGUUGUAGGGCUGCAAACUGCCGUAUCGGGUGCGCUUGUCUCUUUGCAUGUUGAAAUGAUUGUGUAGUUCCUUGCAGCUAAUAAGCAAUUUGAGGCGCCCAGUUCCAGGCAGCUGGAGCAGGGCUGUACACUUCGAUACUGCUUGGCUGCGUAGAUCUGCCUGGCACAAUAAUGGAAAGGUUAACGCUUGGUGCAGGAGGUUCAGAGCAGGUUGGAAUGACCUCUUGUCCUUCCAGCUGGGAGGAAUGGCUUGAUCAUGGCGGAUACCACAUUCCUGGUGCUGCCGGCAUCAAGUACUUGAGUUUCUCAAACCUGAGAGGAUACCGGUAGGCCGUAUCAAUUUCUUGCCACAUUCGUUUUAGGCUCUUGAAAUCUAGUUGGCUGGUUUUUCCAGUCAUAGCCUUGGCAUUCGACAACCAAGAUUGCCCCAUUUCUUUAUUGCCUUGCAGGUUCCAGCCAUCCAAGUCCUAACAGCUUGCUGUGACUCCAAAUCUAGCUGGUAGCCAGCUAGCAAUGCGACAACAAGAAGGGAAAGCAAGAAAGACUGUGGCAAUCUAUAACAGCAAGCAACAUGUACAGUAACAUUUGCAUUCAUUUAAUAAAAUAUAGGUUAUAGGUUACUAUGGAGAAUGAUACAAGUUACUUCAAAGCAUGGAAUGCAGUUAGUUAGUUGAACAAGCAAAGUAAUAAAACCCCAGAGCCAAAUGAUGUAUGU